GGCAGCAGAUUAUCAAAUAAGUGUUAUCUCCUCUCUUCCAGGAAUAGCUUGUUUGUGAUUGGAAACAACAAAUGCUAGAGACCACAGCAGUGCGUUCCUGAUAGAAGUGCUGAUGGCUGGAGUUUGCAUGGACUGACGUCAUUGGGCAGGUGUGCCGGGAGAGCAAACCCUUUUAGAACCGGCGCAAGUGGAGCAGGAGAGCGGAAGCCAUGGCCUCAACAGUGGAAGUGCCACAGAAUGUGGUUGUUCGGGUGGCUAACUUGCCACUUCUCAGCACUGCCUAUGAUAUGAUGACAUCUGUAUAUAGCAGCACGAAGGAAAAUCACCCCUAUCUGAAGUCUUUGUGUGAAUUUGCAGAGAAAGGUGUGACUGUCGUUUCAUCUGUAGCCAUCACCAGUACUACACCAAUACUUAAGAAACUGGAACCACAAAUUGCAUUUGCAAAUGGUUAUGCCUGCAAAGGACUAGACAGAAUUGAAGAGAAGUUACCUUUUCUCCACCAACCAACUGACCAGGUUGUUGCUAAGGCGAAGGAAAUUGUCACCCACACUGUUACUGGUACCAGGGAGACUGUGGCAAGUAAAAUUACUGGGGUAGUGGACAAGACAAAGGACACUGUCCAUGAGAGUAUUGAAAUGACCAAAGCUGUGGUGAAUGACAGCAUGAACCAUGUACUUGAAUCACGUAUGGGUAAAGCAUUGAGCAUUGGAGUAAAUUCAGCAUUGAACACUUCUGAAUUACUUGUAGAUCAUUAUCUUCCUCUGACUGAAGAUGAGCAAGCUACAGAAGCGAACAAGGGAACUAAUGGAUUUGAAAUCGAUCCUCUGAAACGGAGUUAUUUUGAGAGGCUGGGAUCACUUUCGACCAAAGUACGACAGCGAACAUAUCAACAGGCCAUGGUCAAAGUUCACAGUGCUAAGCAACGUGGUCAAGAGGCCAUUUCUCAACUGCACCAUACGAUUGAUCUAAUAGAGUAUGCCAGGGAAAAUAUGGGUACAGCAAAUAAAAAAAUCCAGGAUGCCCAGGAUAAGCUAUACCAUACAUGGAUAGAAUGGAGGAAGUCUAAUUUAGAACAUGAAGACCAUGAAUCUUGUGCAGCAGAGCAAGUUGAAUCAUGUACACUGGCCAUUGCUCGGAAUCUGAGCCAACAGUUGCAGACAACCUGUUUUGUGCUGGUAAGCAGUGUUCGGGGUUUACCUCAGAAUGUUCAAGAACAGGUCCAGUACAUAAAUCUUCUGGCAAGAGAGAUGUAUUCCACGUUCAAGUCUAAAACAUCAUUCAGAGAACUUUCUAGCCAGAUCCUCUCCACAAGUAAGGAUCAACUCUCAAAAAUGAAGGACUCACUGGAUGGCCUGAUGGAUUAUUUGGUGAAUAACACACCUCUGAAUUGGCUGGUGGGUCCUUUUUACCCACAACUAACUGGGUCCCAAUAGAAAGGGGAGACUGAGACCAUGGAAGAGAUGUAAUCUGAGCAGGUGCGCACUUGUCGUGAUGCUUGACCAUCAUUUGUUAUAGCAUCUAUUUCUGUUUAACCACCUAUUUCUGUUUAACCACCAUCUCGCCACAGAAGUUCCCUAUUCUGAAGGGAAGAGGAUAAAAUAAAAGUCAAGAUUUAAGGAGUAGCUUGAGACUUCUUUUUGAAAUUUGUUUCAUUUCAUAUGUAUUUAAUAAAUCCUUGGGCAACCAUGGUUUCAACUGCUAAUCCGUUAGACAUCAGUUGGCUUUUCCUGAAACGAUAGUUUGAGGUUUUUACUGCUGUAAGCUUUAACAUUCCAGAUUCAUGGAUGAAGAUGGAACUAUGAUGUUAAAAUCCUAAAGUAAUUGCUGUUGAUUAGUCUGAUCUCUCGUGCUGUCUCUCCAUGAGAUGCUCAGCCACUAAAUAGUUUUUGCAACUAUAUGAAGGAAUUUAUACAAUAAAAGCGGAGUAACAUCCAA